AUGUCGGAAGAAUGUGGUAGUAGUGUUCAUGUUUGUUAUACUAACAAAGGCCAUCCCGGCACCCCGGCAGCCCUGCGCCCCGCACCCCGGCACCCCGGCACCCCGGCACCCUGGCACCCUGACGCCCCGGCACCCCGACACCCCGGCACCCUGGCACCCUUACACCCGGCACUCCGGCACCCCGGCACCCUGACGCCCCGUCACCCUUACACCCGGCACUCCGGCACCCCGGCACCCCGACACUCCGGCACCCUUACACCCGGGACUCCGGCACCCCGGCACCCCGGCACCCCGGCACCCUUACACCCGGCACUCCGGCACCCCGGCACCCCGGCACUCCGGCACCCCGGCACCCCGACACCCCGGCACCCUUAA